AUGUCUGGCUUUCUGCAAUGUUUAUCGCAUACACCUCUGAUAGGAUUGGUCAAUCCUGCGGAGACCGUCGUGGAAGAGAUCAGGAACUACACUGAAAAGGCCCGACAAAUGAUUGAAGACUUCGAUCCAGAGCUUGUUGUCAUAUUCGCACCUGACCACUAUAAUGGCUUCUUCCAUGAUGUGAUGCCGUCAUUUUGUGUGGGGAUAGAGGCACACGCCAUAGGCGAUUUCAACACCUUAAAGGGACCACUAUCCACUGCAUCGGAGCUGGCGACUAAAUUGGCCGAAUUAUGCAUAGACCAUGGUGUGGACAUCGCGACUUCACAGGGAAUGCAAGUGGAUCAUGGAUUUUCACAACCUCUGGGGUUAUUGCUCGGCGGAAUUGACAGAUAUCCCGUCAUACCAAUAUUCAUAAAUUGCAUUGCUUCGCCUUUGCCAACUUUCAAAAGGGCUAGGAUACUGGGAAAGGCAGUGGGGAGCUUCUGCAAGAUGUUGAACAAAAGAGUUCUCUUCCUAGCUUCCGGCGGAUUAUCUCACCAGCCGCCAAUACCUGAAUAUUCUACUGCUAGUGAAGAUGUGCGAAGUCUGCUCUUAGGGGCAGGAAAGAACCUCUCAACAGAAGCUCGGGAAGCGAGGACAAAUCGCACUAUUGACGCAGCUAAGCAGUUCGUGUUGGACCAGACCACGUUACAUACCCUUGCUCCAGAAUGGGACCAAGACUUUAUUGAUACCAUUGCCAACAAUAGGAUAUCGGCCGUUGACGAAGUGGAGAACCAGUAUGUUACUGAGAUAGCUGGUGCGUCGACGCAUGAAGUGAAGACAUGGGUUGCAGCGGCCUCUGCAAUGUCAAUGAUGGGUCCAUAUGAAUCCAUCAAUCGUUACUAUCGGCCAAUUCCUGAAUGGAUCUCUGGGUUCGGUGGCUUGACAGCCAGAUCACUGGAUGAGAAGAGAGUCUGUGGUGACGACGUCAAAGCGUCAGAGUCCACGCCAGCUUUGAAUACGUACAUAGCGAUAGGGACUCCAGUAAAAUAA